CGGUAGGAAACGAAGAAGAAGAAGCGUGAAGCUGUAAUGAGAGAAAACAAGAGCAUGACUGAGUCCCCAUCUCAAGCGGGAAAAGAAAUGCCGGCGAAAAAACAGAAACUGAGCAGUGAUGAGAACAGUAACCCUGACAUGUCAGGAGACGAGAACGACGACGCGGUCAGCGUUGAAAGUGGGACCAACACGGAGCGUCCAGACACUCCCACUAACACAGCCAACGCUCCGGGCAGGAAGAGCUGGGGGAAGGGCAAGUGGAAGUCCAAGAAGUGUAGAUAUUCUUUCAAAUGCGUCAACAGUCUGCGGGAGGACCACGGCCAGCCGCUGUUUGGAGUCCAGUUUAACUGGCACAGUAAGGAGGGAGACCCUCUGGUGUUCGCCACAGUUGGCAGUAACAGGGUCACUCUGUAUGAAUGUCACUCUCAGGGGGAAAUCAGACUUCUGCAGUCCUAUGUUGAUGCGGAUGCAGACGAGAACUUCUACACGUGUGCCUGGACCUACGACACAAACACGAGUCACCCCCUGUUGGCCGUGGCUGGGUCUCGCGGCAUCAUCCGGGUAAUCAACCACAUAUCGAUGCAGUGCAUCAAGCAUUACGUAGGUCAUGGGAACGCCAUCAAUGAGCUCAAGUUUCAUCCAAGAGAUCCAAAUCUCCUCCUGUCUGUCAGUAAAGAUCACGCCCUCCGUCUGUGGAACAUACAGACGGACACAUUAGUUGCCAUAUUUGGAGGCGUGGAGGGCCACCGAGACGAAGUCCUGAGUGCUGAUUUUGACCUGCUGGGUGAAAAGAUCAUGUCAUGUGGGAUGGAUCACUCACUGAAGCUCUGGAGAAUCAACUCGGAGCGGAUGCAAAAAGCCAUCCGUGGCUCGUAUGAGUACAACCCCACAAAGACGAACCGCCCUUUUGUGUCUCAGAAAAUUCACUUUCCAGACUUUUCAACACGAGACAUCCACAGAAACUACGUGGACUGUGUGAGGUGGCUUGGAGAUUUGAUUCUCUCUAAGUCUUGUGAAAACGCCAUUGUGUGUUGGAAGCCGGGAAAGAUGGAGGACGACAUCGACCAUAUUAAGCCAAACGAAUCCAACGUCACAAUUCUGGGACGUUUCGAUUACAGCCAGUGUGACAUUUGGUACAUGCGCUUCUCUAUGGACUUUUGGCAGAAGAUGCUUGCUUUGGGAAACCAGGUGGGAAAACUUUAUGUUUGGGACCUGGAAGUGGAAGAUCCACACAAAGCAAAGUGCACCACACUGACGCUUCCCAAAUGCACCUCGGCUAUCCGGCAAACCAGCUUCAGCCGCGACAGCAGCAUCCUGAUCGCCGUGUGCGACGACGCCUCCAUCUGGCGCUGGGACCGUCAGCGCUGAGCCGUCAUGGCAAUGCACAAAAACCCAUCUGAUGUUUCACAGAAACACUGCAAAAAAAACAACAAAAUAUGUUCAUUCCCAACAGGACGUUUUAUUUUAAUCAGUCAAGAUUUGGGCUUAUACAAUUAAAAGAAAAAAGUUAAUUUAAUUUCCUUAGUGUGCCUUUAUGUCAUUGUUUGCAUCCUCUUUUAGUGAAAUAAAACACCAGCGUUUCAGGAGGAUCUGCACCGACUAUUCCACAUAAACUCACUAAAGCAG